UUUUCCUCUUCUUAUGUGGCCUACCAAAAAUUAGAAACAUCAUAGGGGCAAAACCUGAACAGAUAGUGAAUCUUAUUCAAACCCUAGUCUGUCCCAUGCACAUGUCCACACUCUUCAAAGAUGCUAACAAAAAGGGCUCUCUCGUAAUUUAACUCCUCGUGACAUAUCUGCCACACUUUUUUACAAGUAGGUGUCCCAUUUUUUUCUCAAAGGCUGAACAAUUCCAACAACAUCUUUAUUAGCUAGCUCAUCAAACCUCUCCUACAUUUUCUUAUUCUUGCUAGAUUUCUCUUUUGCUUUUUAUUUGAUAGAGCUCUGGUUCAUGGAUAUUGAGCCCUGCUUGAGGUUUUCGGGGGUGGUUUUUUUUAUUAUUUAUCUAAAUUGCAUGGCAACUACAAUUAAUCAAACCAACACCGAGUCCUUGCAUCUCCAUCAAUUUAUCCGUUUCAUUAUCAUAAUCAUCUUCUUAGCUUUCCUUUUGAUCAUUAGCCCUACAAGUUCCAUAAGUCAUCACCUCCAUGAAUCCUCACCUAAGAACAGUAUGGCUCCCUCCAAGAGGUUCCUUCUACAACCUUCCACUCCAUCUUCAUCCACUAUGAAUUUGCGUCCAACAGCUCACAGUCAACGCAGUCGCACUUCUUCUACUUCUACGAGGAAGAGGAGGAGAGAGUUCGGAGCUGAAGCUCAUGAGGUUCCAAGUGGUCCAAACCCUAUUUCAAACUAGGUGGGAUUCCGGUUUCAAUAUUUCUGGGUGAGUUUGAAAGAUACGUUGAUAUGAAAGUUUGUAAUGGAUGGAGAGAAUUUUAUCAUGGAUUUUUAAUCAACUAGAUUUCUGUGUUUCCUUUCUGAUUUCUCCUCUUUGUUUGUUUAGAUCCUUCGAUAUCAUUUUUUUUAAGUUUUGAAGUUAGCAAUAUAUAGAAAAGGAGAGACAAAUAUUUUCACAUGUGUAUAUAUGCAUCUAUAUAAUAUAAUCACAUUUGUGUUUUAUUUCU